AUGAGCUAUCUAGAACAUUCGCAACCACCAAAGCACCUGUCACAACAUCAAUCACCGCCUGGGCAACAACAAUCAACUCAAUCGCAAUCGCAGUAUCCACCACAAAUGAGCAAUAACAUUUUUUCCAAUCAAUCAUUCCAAAGAUCGCAACAGCAACAACACCAACAACAACAACUGCAACAACACCAACAACAACAACAACAACUGCAACAGCAGCAACACCAACAACAACUGCAACAGCAGCAUUCACAAACGUUGCAAUCAAUUCCGCCUCAACAAUUUGGUCCUCGAAGUAGAGGAGACUCAAUUUUUUUACCUCCACCAAUAUCAUCAUCACAAAUUCGACCAACUUCUGAGCAAUCGUAUGAAACGACAUCAGGAAAUCCGCGCUUGAACCAAUCAACUGGUAAUCCACUUGGAUCACGCUCAAACAGUAUAUUUAGUUCCCUCAUCAAUUUACCAGGAUCCAAUGGCAACUCCAUUAGUGAGCAAUCGGGUCCUCCUACGCAACAACUACACCAGGCUUCUACUUCUGCGGGCGGAAGCAAGACUGCUGGGGCCACCGGAAACCAGGCUCCCAAUUUACCACCAACAUCACGCUCACGGCAAAUGUCCUUAAUUCCAAAUCAAGAGUUUACUGUUGAAGAUUUGGAAAAUUUGUUUGGUAACAAUAGGGAAAGCAUGGCUAAUCUUUUUGCUUGGCAACAGGGUGAUUUGAAAUUUUCACUCAGUGGUGCACCUGGUGGGCCAGCUGGAAGCACCUCGAGUGUAACCGCUACAGGCGCUGGUGCUGGUGCCGGUGCCGUUGCGCCAAAUAAUAUCAGUAGCGCCAAAGGUAAAGGUGGGUCACUUGAUUUGUCAGCAUGGAUCGACAAUACCAACCAACCAGGCUCGAUAGGGUUCAGCAAUAGUAUUACGGAGAUAAUACAGAAUAUGAUAUCCAAUGGAUCAAUUGAUUUCACUAAUAUGAAUGAUCAACAACGUCGUGAUUCAAUUUUGAAAAUUCUAAACAAUCAAUCUACAUUGAGAAACCCUCGUGGAUCUAUUUCGUCGGCCAAUUCUUCGAAUACAAAUACCACUUUAAGGCAAGAUAUAUUUGAAAAGGGGAAAGAUUCAAGUAGCAAGCAAAAUACUGAUGUCGCAAAGCGUGGAAAAGAUCGAAAAGCUAGGCGACAAAGCAGCAAAGGCGAAAAGGAAGUAUCACCUACUUCGUCAGUCUCAUCAAAAGCAUCUAAGCCGAAUGAUGAACCACAAUCCCCAAAAACGUCCCCAAACAUGUACAAUAGAAGCAUAAUGGACCCAUCUGCUUACCCCACAUCUUCCUACAAUCAACGCCCUUCAAUGAAUUCACAGGGACAAAGGGUAUUCCAAACCAAUGCAAACCCAUUGUCCCCACCAAAUCAGUAUCAAUAUUCAUCAUACCCCAAUUUCAGCAAUCAACUUUCCUUUCUGGCGAUUCUGCCGGGGGGAAACAAUCGGCAAAGCAGCUUUAUGGGAGGAUACCAAUACUCAUUAUCAAAUCAACCACAGCAAGCUCAAGGACAGAUACCUCCACUGCAAAUGUUUGCACAACCUGGCCGUCAACAAAUGCAAUCCUAUCAGCAACCAUAUUUACAACAAGGGAUACCCCCACCACAACAACAGCAGCAACAGCAACAGCAACAACCACAAUACUACGUACCUCAACAGCAGCAAUUCCAGCAGCCUCCGCAGUAUGCGCAACCACAACAACAAGGACAACAACUGUUGCAACGACACCAGAAGCAACAACAACAACAACAACAGGUCGAAGGAUCAAGGUCAACUAAGAAAAAAAAGCAACCAUCAAAGCGUUCACGUAAAUCAAAGGAGAUUGCUGAGUCUGUCAAUCCACAAGCUGUUUCCCCCACCAAUCCCAAUCUAAUUCCAGCUCAACAGAUUGCCAGGUCCGAGGAUGGUCGGCCGCUUUUAGGAGCUACCAAGAUUGACCAAUUAAUGUUGGUGAUUCAAGCUCGUGAUAAAGGUGUAACUCAAGCAAUUGAUCAAGGACCUGACGGAAGUAUUUUGGCAGUACGUGAGGGUUAUGGACUCGGGGGUCAACCACUGCAAAGCGAGGUGGUUCCACGACCAGUUAGCCUUGUUGGUGGGAUUGAAAAACCACAUAAGUCCAAGUCGCACUCAUCACCUCAUCUGGAUGGGGAAGAUGUACAUGAUAGUAAACGUCAAAAGGUUAGAACACAACAAUGUCCUUAUUGCUUGAAAUACUUUACCCAAUCUACUCAUCUCGAAGUUCAUAUUCGUUCCCAUAUAGGGUACAAGCCUUACGAAUGUACAUAUUGCCACAAGAAAUUUACUCAAGGCGGCAAUUUACGAACACAUUUACGAUUACACACAGGUGAAAAACCAUUCACUUGUGACGUAUGUAAUAGGUCCUUCAGCAGGAAGGGCAACCUUGAAGCUCACAAACUCACUCAUGAAAAUGUGAAGCCAUUUGAAUGUAAAUUGGACAAUUGUGAUAAAUCAUUUACUCAAUUGGGAAAUUUGAAGUCACAUCAAAAUAGAUUCCAUUCACAAACUUUGAAUACAUUGACUCACAAGUUGGCUGAAUUGAGUGGGCCUGCUUUGGAAAGAUUGCCUCCUGAUGAGAAAGAAUUAUUGAUGUAUUUCAAAAGCUUGUAUAAGAACUCCAAUAAGGGAAUUAGAGGAAGAGGAAGGCAAAAGAAUGCUGGCUCUGUGGGUUCCGAUGGUAGUCCUGAGGAUGUGAAGGGGUAG